CCACUUUUACAUCCGUUGCACUUUCUAUUCUUCAGAACAUCAACAUCAACUGACUUGGUGUGUUCUGAUUUAAUUCUACAACAAUGGCACCAAUCGCUAUUGAGACGCCCAAUGUGGCAGAGAACUUCAACGACCACAAGGAUGGUCUUGCGUUGGAGGCAACUUCGGACGCCAUCGACGAGGUCAACGUCCUCAAGGCUGCCAUGAGAGUAAAGAACGGCACAGCCACCCAAGAAGAGAAGGACAUCUACGAGAAGUCCCAGUUCGAUGCAGAGAAGGACAAGACCCAGUUCCGACAAUACGAGGAAGCUUGCGACCGUGUCAAGAAUUUCUACCGUGAACAACACGAGAAGCAGACUGUUGCCUACAACUUGAAGGCCCGCAAUGACUUCAAGUCAAAGACCCGUGCACAGAUGACCAUCUGGCAAGCCAUGGAGAAGCUCAACACACUCAUCGACGAGUCCGACCCCGACACCUCGCUCAGCCAGAUCGAGCACCUUCUCCAAUCCGCAGAGGCCAUCCGCCGUGACGGAAAGCCAAAGUGGUUCCAACUCACUGGUCUGAUCCACGACCUAGGCAAGCUCCUCUUCUUCUACGACGCACGAGGACAAUGGGACGUCGUCGGCGACACCUUCCCAGUAGGCUGCCGCUUCGACGAUUCCAUCAUCUACCCGGGCACCUUCGAGAGCAACCCAGACAGCAAAGACCCAAUCUACAGCACCGAGCACGGCAUCUACACCCCAGGCUGCGGCCUCGACAACGUCAUGCUCAGCUGGGGCCACGACGAAUACCUCUACCACAUCUGCAAAGAACAAAGCACCCUCCCCGAUGAGGCUCUUGCCAUGAUUCGUUACCACUCUUUCUACCCAUGGCACAGCGCCGGCGGCUACCGAUGGAUGAUGAACGAGAAAGACGAGAAGAUGUUGCAAGCCGUCAAGGCUUUCAACCCUUAUGACCUUUACAGCAAGAGUGAUGGUAUCCCAGAUACCCAGACGCUCAAGUCAUACUACAUGGAGUUGAUCAACACCUACUUCCCACCACGAGAGGGCGAGACUGAGCGAGUCAUCCAGUGGUGAUUUGCUUUCCGCCUGAUCACAUUCUGCAAAAUUUGAACAGAACAGCGGCAUCACAAGGGCGUUUUGGGGCGUUGUCGGGUAGCGAUAUGUAUUAGCUCCUGCCUGGGUAGGCGGUCGAGUCUGGGAAGAAAAAUAUCAUAGAAAUUAUGCACGAGAGAUAGCAUCAGCUGAAAAAGCUGAAACGACGA